AUGGCUAACAACAGUGAUGCGUCCCCGUCCCAGGAUGAAUUCCCCCUACGAGGGGAUCUGCGCAGGAUGAUGGACCAAAAUCCACUACCUAUGCUUACCCCUGGUCUAGUAGACCCAGCUAUUAUGGCUGGCGAUGCGGCAACCAAGGAGGCACAGUUGGUGUUGAACACUGUCAAUACUGCUCUUGCUGUAGAUGAUGGUGAAUCACUGGCUGGUUGUUUCUUCGCCAGCCAGGCCUACUGGAAAGAUCAACUUGCGUUGACCUACCAUUUGCGCACAUUCGAGAGCCCGAGAAUUAUUGCAGCGAGUCUUUUGGAGACGAAGACUUUGAGGGCCGUAAAUGGGGAGAUUACGUUGGACGGAGCAGCGAUGUUCUUACCCGCAACGCCAGUUCUGGUAAGCAAACGACUGGCGUAG